AUGAGUGCUAAAGAAGUCCGUUUUGGCGACGACGCGCGUAGGCGCAUGCUCGCUGGCGUUAACGUUCUGGCUAACGCAGUUAAAGUCACCCGGCCGAAAGGCCGCAACGUUGUUCUGCAAAAGAGCUUCGGCGCGCCGACUGUCACCAAAGACGGUGUUUCAGUCGCCAAGGAAAUUGAAUUGGAAAACGCGUUCGAAAACAUGGGCGCACAGAUGGUCAAGGAAGUUGCUUCACAAACUUCUGAUAUCGCUGGCGACGGUACCACCACGGCAACCGUUCUGGCUCAGUCUAUUCUGACCGAAGGCCUCAAGGCUGUUGCUGCCGGUAAACCGAUGGAUCUGAAGCGCGGCAUCGACAAAGCUGUAGUCGCCGCAGUUGCCGAACUGCAGUCUAUGUCCAAGCCUUGCACCGACAACAAAGCAAUCGCGCAGGUCGCAAUUUCUGCAAACUCUGAUGCCAACAUCGGUGAGAUCAUUGCUGAAGCAAUGGAGAAAGUGGGCAGAGGCGUUAUUACGGUUGAAGAGGGUUCAACCCUUGAGAAUGAACUGGACGUCGUCGAAGGCAUGCAGUUUGACCGUGGCUACCUGUCGCCGUACUUCGUCAACAACCAGCAAUCAAUGAGCGCUGAGUUGGAGACGCCUUACAUCCAGCUGCACGACAAGAAAAUCUCUAACGUUCGAGAGUUGCUGCCAGUACUGGAAGCCAGUCGCCAAGAAGGCAAGUCAUUGUUGAUUGUCGCUGAAGACAUCGAAGGCGAAGCGCUGGCAACAUUGGUCGUUAACAACAUCCGCGGCAUCGUCAAGGUCGCUGCGGUAAAAGCACCUGGUUUCGGUGAUCGCCGCAAAGCAAUGCUCGAAGAUAUCGCAAUUCUCACCGGCGGGACCGUGAUUGCAGAAGAAGUUGGUUUGUCGCUCGAGAAGACAACCGUUGCAGAGCUGGGCUCAGCCAAGAAGAUCCAAAUCACCAAAGAGAACACGACCAUCAUUGACGGUUCAGGUGAAGCGGACCAGAUCCAAGGCCGGGUCAAGCAAAUUCGUGCGCAGAUCGAAGAAGCCACCUCUGACUACGACAAAGAGAAGCUGCAAGAGCGGGUCGCUAAGUUGGCCGGCGGUGUUGCAGUCAUCAAGGUUGGUGCGGCAACUGAAGUAGAAAUGAAAGAAAAGAAAGCCCGCGUCGAAGAUGCACUUCACUCAACCCGUGCUGCGGUUGAAGAAGGUGUGGUUCCUGGCGGUGGUGUUGCUCUGAUUCGCGCGCUGUCUGCUCUGUCAGACUUGAGCGACAACGAAGAUCAGAAUGUUGGUAUUGGCCUGGCCCGACGCGCAAUGGAAGAGCCGCUGCGUCAAAUCGCAGCCAACUCCGGCGCUGAAGGUUCGGUUGUCGUUAAUGCUGUCAAAGAUGGUAAGGGCAACUAUGGCUUUAACGCUGCAAAUGACCAGUACGGCGACAUGAUCGACUUCGGUGUAUUGGAUCCAACAAAGGUCACGCGUUCUGCACUGCAAAAUGCAGCCUCAGUUUCUGGUCUAAUGAUCACUACAGAAGCCAUGGUCGCAGAACUUCCGAAGGAGAUGCACCCGAUGCCUGACAUGGGCGGCGGUAUGGGCGGCAUGGGUGGCAUGGGCGGCAUGAUGUAA